AUGAACAAUCUAGCGGAAAAAAAGGACUUACAUGAACUGGAUAAAUCAAUAGAUAUAGAAUUGGAAAAACUGAAAAUGAAAAAAAAAGAAAAAGAUGAAAUUAUGAAUGCAUUACAUCAAUACAAUGAUAUUAAAGAUGCUACUCAAGAAGUUUUGGGAAGACUAGCUAUUUUAGAAGGAGUAACUGUAGCAGAAAUGCAUCGAAAAUAUAAUUUACUUGAAUCUGAUUGA